AAACAUCAUUUUACUGAUUUAUGAUGUUCUGCUGAUCAAUACCAUGGUAAUUCACUGAUUGUACCGCAUUUAUUGGUACGUGCUAAGCACCACGCUACCAAUACGCACCAGCAAGUUUUUUACCAAAAGUACGUUUAUUGCCUCCACACUUGGCACUGCUACCAGCGCAACCAUCCUUUUCUUCUUUUCUCGUAUUUCCCCUUCCAUGUUUUUAAUCUCAACUUUUCCAUCCUAAUUAACUGCAGAGCCUCUCAAAACGAAAGUAUUAAACACACCAAUAAAGAAUAAUUCACACGUAUAAAAGUGCAUUUGCUGUACAGGGCAUGAAACCAGAACAUAAGAAAUACGUCCUAUGGGCAGUCGUGCUGCUCGCUAUUAUCGGUCUGGCGGCUACGGUAGUUUACUUCGGAUUCUUCCACGGCAAGAAGGAGGAAGAUACGGAAGUGGGCAGUGGUUCGAAGAGGAGACCGAGCGAAACACGUGUAUCUGGCAAUCAUCCGGCUGGUACUGAUAAUGAUGAUGACUGGCUGGCGUACACCAUAGAACGCGUCAAAGAACUUAAGGAACAGAAGGAUGGGCUGAAAAUACUGAUGGGGCUAGUUAAAGAAAUUAUCAAUACAAUGGGUGAUGGCAUUAAAGAUUUCUUUGGGAUAGGGGAUGGGUCUGUCACACCUGGAAGUACGUCACCGGGACUUACAAGUUAGAACGGGUAUUGUGUUUAUGAGCAUAAUAUUCUGCUAUAUAAAUAAAAGUAAAUGUAGCAUGGAAGUAAAUUAGUUGUGUCAUGGAAUAAUUUGUUAUAACAUGGAAAUAAUUAGUAAACAUACUUUGACACACGGGCACACGCUGAUAUGAAAGUAAAUUUGAUUGAACACGGACCGCCUUGGC